AUGGCCGAAGGAGGGGCGGGUAAAGGUGGCGGAGAAGACCCCGCCAAGUCAACCGAGCACGAUGAGCGAACUCGGGUCCAGGUUCUGUCAGGAGCAGGCCACUGUAAAUGGUUUAAUGUUCGGAUGGGGUUCGGAUUUAUAUCAAUGACCAGCAGUGAGGGAAGCCCCGUUGACCCACCCCUGGAUGUGUUCGUUCAUCAAAGCAAGCUGGUCAUGGAGGGCUUCCGCAGCCUGAAGGAGGGGGAGCAGGUGGAGUUCACCUUUAAGAAGUCCUCCAAGGGCCUGGAGUCCCUGCGGGUAACAGGUCCGGGUGGGGGACCCUGUGCUGGCAGCGAGAGGAGACCCAAAGGGAAGGCCCCACCCCUGAAACGCAAACCAAAGGGAGACCGCUGUUAUAACUGUGGAGGUCUGGACCACCACGCUAAGGAAUGUGACCUGCCCCCCCAGCCAAAGAAAUGCCACUACUGCCAGAGCAUCACGCACAUGGUGGCCCAGUGUCCACACAAGGCGCUGGUGCCCCCUGCAGGCUCUCAGGACCCCCACGCCUCUACCUCAGGGCCUCCCGGGACCUACCUCUACCUACCGGAGGAGGAAAAGCAGUCGGGCUCCUCCCCGCCAGAGGGUCCCUUGUCCUCCCCAGAGGAGCCUCAGACGCACAGAGACGCCCAGAAGUGGAGGAAACCCUGAACGUUCCAGUGACACAGGGGGAGGGGGGCGGGCAGCCGUGAGGCAUCAGCUCCGCCCCUCCCUACCCCACCACCCUCCUCUGUCACCCCAAGAACCCCCCCGCCUCAUCUACCUCACGCUUGUGAAAAAAGGGGGGGGGAGGGUCUGUAAUCUUUUGACCAGCGCAGCUAUGGCAACGAUCGUCGUCCUUGAGGGUACGGGCACGUGUGAAUGUGUGUGACUGACUGUGUGUGCUGUCAUCAGGUGCAGCUAUGGCAACGAUUGCUGGGUUACCGGCUCGUGGGUGUUACUGACUAUGUAAUGCAUGUGUUUAAACAGUGCAGCUGUAGGUUGAAAUGAGAAAAGACAUGGCGUGUCAGUCUGGGUUGGAUGACUGUUGGGUUGAAUGAGAUUUGAUGUUUUUACCAGGACCCAGCAGUUGCUCAUCCAUAAUGCUUUGUCUACAAGCGUUCUGAAUAUAGGAUUGUAUUUCUUUUGUACUAUACACCAUUGACCUCAAUACCAAAUAAUCAUAUUACAUACUGAUUUCUAAGAGUCUUUCAGGCAUAUUGUAGAUAUUGAUAGAAAUGUCACAAAGCGGAGAUUUACAAAAUCUUUCAGUCUAUCAGAAAACUUUCACGUGGCUAGUUCCUUGGCCAGCCAACCGUGGUGAAGGGUUCGAUUAAGGUCCUGCAUGUCACUGACCCUGCUGGCAAAGCACAACUCACCUGCACCCAGCAUCCUUUUGUCUUACUGAAUAUGAAUUGCACCAACUGACUGUUGGUUUGAAGUGUGUGUGUGUUUGUGUAUGUACGUGGGUGGAUUUUUUUGUGAGAGAGAGAGAGAGCGAAAGAGAGAGAGAGAAGCUGAGGCUUUUUGUUCAGUGGUACUAACGUUGGACUAAAUAUUGCUGGUGUCAGAGGCAGGCAAGGUUGAUAGAUGCAUGUGUGCAUUCUUGCUUUUGUGUGUGUGGAUUAGUGUGCACAGAAGACAGUGACAGAGAGAUUGUUCUUUUUGGAUAUGUAACAGUUAG